AUGAAUAUGUCAUUCGGUUCAAUUCCUGUGAUUGAUUUGGGGCAGGCGUUUGACAACGAGACUAAGCCAAAGUUCCUAGAAAAUCUUCGCCAUGCCCUUAUAACUGUGGGAUUUUUACGUUUGACCAACUUUGGUAAUUAUGGUCCAACAACACAAGACUUUCAAAACAUCACACAGCAGGGAAUAGAGUUUUUCGAACUUCCAGAGGAAGAAAAGAAGAAAGUCGAAAUGAUCAACUCACCUCACUUUUUAGGAUACACAAAAUUGGGCAAUGAAAUAACAUCAGGUAAAAUCGAUUGGAGAGAGCAAAUAGACCUUGCAACGGAGCUCCCUGCACCUACUAAGGACGGACCCCUGUACAAACAGCUGGAAGGUCCAAAUUUAUGGCCUGAUGAGAGGGUCUUGCCCUAUUUUAAACUCACAAUGACUAGUUACAUUGACAAAAUGAGCAGACUGUCCAGCAUUUUCACCAAACUUGUAGCUGAAUCAAUUGGUCUUUCCCCAAAUGCUCUGGAUACAUAUUUUAAAGAAAAUCAACAAUGCAAAAUGAAGAUCGUUGCUUAUCCAGCUGAUACUCACUAUAGGAAUGAUGUUGAAGCAGUACAAGGAGUCGGACCUCAUAAGGACUCCGACUUCUUAACUUUUGUGUACCAGGCCUCUGAUCAUAAGGAUACUUUACAAGUUCAAAAUUUCAAGGGAGAGUGGAUAUCUGUAGACAAUAUUCCAGGAAGCCUAGUCGUCAAUGUGGGGCAGACAUUAGAAGCCAUUACUUGUGGUGUGUGUAAAGCUACUAUACAUCAGGUUUUGAGACCUAGGAAAGGGUCGGGAACGAGGUUAUCUAUUCCUUUUUUCCGGACUGUGGAUUUGGAGUCUAAAGAAAGCGCCGUCUCAAACAUUUCGCAUGAUGUUUGGAAAUUAAAAGAGGAAAGAGAUAAAACCAUAGAUCGCUGGGGAAUAGACACAGGUUUUCAAUAUCGACCAGAUUUUUCUCAGCAUCCGGCUGGCUAUGCAGUAUUUCGUAACAGGAUCAAAUCGCAUCGUGAUGUCGCCGCUAAAUGGUAUCCGGAACUUCUUGCAAAAGUUUUGACUGAAAUUGCAUGA